AUGUCACCAUCAUAUAUUAAACUUGAAUCUGAAAUAUCUGAAUCUUUUGGAAACCUGCUAGAAAAUAAAACGGAAUCUAAUGUUAUUAUUCAUGUUGGAGAAGGUCAUGACUUUAAAGAAUUUCAUGCGCAUUCUAUUAUUUUACGUUGUAGAUCCGAAUAUUUUGAAUACAAAUUCUCUAAUAAAUUUAUCGAUAUAAAAGAAAAUGGAAAAUAUAUAAUUAAGGAGCCAAAGAUUCUUCCUCAAGCUUUUGAGGUUAUUCUAAAAUAUCUUUAUACUGGUCACAUUAAUUUUGAUAAAAACUCUGGUCCCGUACUUUUAAAUAUUAUAUCCGCUUCUAAUAAAUUCAUGUUGAAAAGAUUAGUUAUAAUUACUGAAGACUUUAUAAUUAAAAAUCAUCAAAGGUUCAUACAAAGUGACCCGGUUGGAAUUCUUCAAGUCAUUCAUUAUUCUGAAUUUAUCGAUAAUUUACAAAAAAUUUGUGUGAAAAUAAUAUGUUCUAAUCCUGAAUUUUUGUUCGAAUCUGAUAAAUUUAUUAAUCUUCCCGAUUAUUUAUUGGAAACUAUUCUAGAACGAGAUGAUUUAAAUUUAAAAGAAUCUGAAAUUUGGGAUAUUUUAAUUAAUUGGGUAUUAGCACAAAAUAUGAGGCAACAAGCAUUUAAUUUAAAUCAAAUCAUCCCUGUUGGGACUAUUCUUCGUAGAUUUAUUCAUUUAAUUGAAUUUUUUGAAAUAUCAUCUAAUGAUUACUUUCAUAAACUUUCACGUUAUGAAGAUAUUUUACCCCACAAGCUAAGAGAAGAUAUUUUAAAAUUUUAUUUAAAUACUAGAUACGAACCAACUCCUACUAUGCAUAUGCCGAGAUGUUUAAAACCUCGACCUGAUUCUACAAUAAUUAAUCGAAGACAUGUAACACUUUUUUCGAAUUGGAUUGAUAGAUGUAGUGGAAACAUUACUCAUAAAUUUGAUCUUAUUUACAAAGCUAGUAGAGAUGGUAGUACGCCUAAAGAUUUUCAUGCGAAAUGUGACAAUAAAGGGGCCGCUCUUAUUGUAAUAAAAAUCAGUGAUUCAGAAAAAAUAGUUGGAGGAUAUAAUCCACUUGGAUGGGAUUCAAGUGGUAUUACUAAACCAGCAAUGAAUAGUUAUAUAUUCAAAUUUUCAGAUAGAAGAAAACUUCAAACUGCAAAUAUAAGUUAUAGUAAUGGUAAUCCACAAUCUAUAAUUUGUAAUUCGGAUAUAUUCGGUUUCAAUGAUCUAUAUAAUUAUAAUUGUACUUGGAUUGGUAGCAAUCCAUCUUCUUAUCCUAAACUUGAUGGUAUACCAAAAGGUGUGUUUUAUGUAGAUGAUUAUGAAGUUUUUCAAGUUAAGAGAGAAACAACAAUAGAUAAUUCAAGAAGGGUUAGUCGAUCAAGUCGAACUAGUCAAAGCUUGAAAAUAAAUGGUUCAACUAGAACUAGUCAGAUUGAAACUGGAUUAUUGAAUGGAUUUAGUCAAGUUGAAAAAGAAAAUCUUGGUAAUGAAGUGGUCGAUGAAAAACGUCUCAGUAGAGUAUCUACAUUUGUUAAAACUUUGUUUGGAAAGGACAAAUAA